AUGUCUUCUCGAAUGACACGACCUAAUAACCAUUCUAGAAGCACGAAAAUUAAAGUUACAAGUGAAAUUAAUGGGAAGAAUUCUAUAAUUAAAGAAAAAACUUUUUCGUAUCGAAGGAAGAGAAGACAAGAUGACGAUGAUGGAGAUAACGAUGAUUAUAAUAAAAAUCAAAAGAAAUUAAAAUUAACAGGUGAUUCCGAAUCCAAAAUAACAAAAACAAAAUUCAUUAAAAAGAAUGAAUUAUGGUUUGAUGAUGUUAAAAAAGAAGACUUAGAUUUAGUAUCUGCUCAAAAAGAGUCUGCGAAGAAUAAAAAAGACAGCUACUGCGAUAAAAGCAAUCGCAUAAACAAAAUUGGUAAAUACAUUGCGAUGGACUGCGAGAUGGUUGGAGUUGGUCCUGAUGGGAUUGAAUCAGCACUCGCACGUGUUAGCAUUGUUAAUUUUCACGGGGUGGUUAUAUUGGAUAAAUACGUCCGCCCAAUUGAACGUGUUACAGAUUUCAGGACACCCAUUAGUGGAAUUACCCCAAAAUUACUUGUUAAUGCUCACGCUUUUAAAGAAGUUCAGAAAGAAGUCGCGGGAAUACUCAAAGAUCGUAUAAUUAUUGGACAUUCGAUUAAUUAUGAUUUUCAGGCAUUGCUGCUAGAUCAUCCGCAUAGAAUGAUACGUGAUACUUCUCUAUAUGCACCGUUAAGACAGCAUGCACGAGGCAAAACACCUUCCUUAAAAAAAUUAGCGCAAGAAGAACUUGGAUUGACAAUACAGGAAGGGGAACAUUCGUCAGUAGAGGAUGCACAAGUUUGUAUGUUGCUAUUUCGAAAACAUAAAAAGGAAUGGGAGAAAAAAUGGUUAACUAAAGUUACCAAAUCAAACAUAAUGAAAUAA